AUGAUUAAAAAAUUUUCAUAUUUUACUUAUGAAUCUCUUCCUGUUUAUACAAUGGUGACUUCAUUAGUAUUAGAUAGUAGUGUACUAUAAUUUUACUUAGUCAAUGUAAGAGUUAAAAAUGAAUUAGAGCCUACAUUUGCAAUAACAGAUUAAAAUUCUAUGAUGUCAUUUAGCAAGUAUUCAAAAACAAAAUUCGCCUUAUAAUUGAGAUUGUCUACAGAAAUAGAAUAAAUUGAUGAUUCUUUGAAAAUUAAAAGAUGGGGAAGUUUUGGUAUGAAUUAUGAAGAAUUAUCAUAAUUGCUAUAUCCAAAUUUGUUACCAGGAUAAUAAUUUGCUUUAUGUAGAUUGAUUGAUUAUGAAUUAUAUAGAAAAUCAAUAAAAAUAAUUAUUAGGUAAAUUGUAUGAUAGCCAUUUCAAACUAAUAUUUAAAGAAAAUCCUGAUCAAGAAAAUCAAUUAACUUAUAUAAUAAAUCCAGAUUAACAUGGACAAUUAAGAAAACAAAUAGAAGUAUUAAAGUAAUAGCAUUUUUUAGAAAUCAUUAACAUGGAUAGCAGGUUGGCAUCAUCCAAAAUAAUUUUUAAAGAAUUUAGAUUUAUGA